AGGGGAACUUACUCUCUUCAGCGCUCGCUACCUCACGCCUCCACGCUCGCUUUCCAAUAUCGCACACCCUUGACUUCCACAAUGGGUAAGCUUGUCGCCCGGCACCUUUUUCUUAUUACCCAAAUCUACGCUCUCCUGCCCCAUUUCUUGAGGCUUCAACUUCCAUCUGCUGUGCUCUCCCGAGUCCUCGCGUUCCUGUGUCAGGACCAUGUCCCCCUCAAGGCCGCGGAGUGCGCUUGGCCGCUCGCAAGGAGACUCAGAAAACCUCGGAAUCCCCCCCCCAGUGAUCUCGUCCCGACCAAAGAGCGAUUCAUACUCCAUGGGGCUGCUGGGCCAAUUGCCAUCCGAAUGUACUCUUGAAACUGCCAAAUCACCUGCUAACUCUAUCCCCGCGGAUCUAGCUUCGCCUCCUCCCGCUCCUGCCAAUGGCACUCCUGCCUCCUCCUCUUCUCCUCCCAGCAGCAAGCCAAGUUCUCCUUUCGUUGAGCGUAGUAACCCAAUGGGUGCUGGAAAUGCCCAAACGGUCAGCUCGAAGGACCCUAAGGCUGCGGCCCAGGCCGCCUCAGACAUGAAGAAUGUGGUUCGCCGCAAGUUGACCGGCUACGUUGGCUUUGCCAAUCUGCCCAACCAAUGGCACCGCAAGAGUGUUCGCAAGGGAUUCAACUUCAACGUCAUGGUUGUUGGUGAAUCUGGCCUCGGAAAGUCUACCCUUGUCAACACCCUCUUCAACACCUCUCUUUACCCCCCCAAGGAGCGUGCCGGUCCGAGCCACGAUAUCAUCCCCAAGACCGUCUCCAUUCAGUCUAUCAGCGCAGAUAUUGAAGAAAACGGAGUGCGUCUUCGCUUGACCGUUGUUGACACCCCCGGAUUCGGUGAUUUCGUGAACAACGACGACUCCUGGCGCCCAAUUGUGGAGAACAUCGAACAGAGGUACGAUGCUUACCUAGAGGCUGAGAACAAGGUCAACCGCACCAACAUCGUCGACAACCGCAUUCAUGCCUGUGUCUACUUCAUCCAGCCCACCGGCCACUCUUUGAAGCCGCUUGACAUUGAGGUUAUGCGCCGUCUGCACACCAAGGUCAACCUUAUUCCAGUCAUUGCCAAGGCUGAUACCUUGACUGAUGACGAGAUCUCCCUCUUCAAGAAGAGAAUUCUUGCCGAUAUCCAACAUCACUCCAUCCAGAUCUUCGAAGGCCCCCGCUACGAACUGGACGACGAAGAGACUAUUGCGGAGAACCAGGAAAUCAUGUCCAAGGUUCCCUUCGCCGUUGUUGGUGCUAACGCGGAGGUGUCCACCUCCGAUGGCCGGAAGGUUCGGGGCCGUAGCUACCCAUGGGGUCUCAUUGAGGUCGACAACGAGGACCACUGUGACUUCGUCAAGCUGCGCCAGAUGCUUAUCCGCACACACAUGGAAGAGCUCAAGGAGCACACCAACAACUCUCUGUACGAGAAUUACCGUUCCGACAAGCUUACCCAGAUGGGAGUCGCUCAGGACCCAAGCGUGUUCAAGGAGGUCAACCCCGCUGUCAAGCAGGAGGAGGAGCGUGCCCUACACGAACAAAAGCUCGCCAAGAUGGAGACGGAGAUGAAGAUGGUCUUCCAGCAGAAGGUGGCCGAAAAGGAGAGCAAAUUGAAGCAAAGCGAAGACGAACUAUACGCCCGGCAUCGGGAGAUGAAGGACCAACUAGAACGUCAACGCCUGGAGUUAGAAGAAAAGAAAUCCCGACUCGAGAGCGGAAGGCCGUUGGAAGAGAAGGGGAAGAGGAAGGGAUUCUCUCUCCGUUAAACAAAUUCUUCGUCCCGGGCCCUGAUGCUUCUCGCCCAAAAGGCUAUCUAUGCAAGAACCACCCAAAGUACGUAUGGUCGUCGGAGGCUCUCUGGUGGUUCUAUGUGUUUGAUUCUCCACGACUGUCGAUUGAUCGAGCGCUCUUUUCAACUUUUCGCCUUAUUUCUCUUGUGU